UAUUACUGAAGAUCUGCUUCUCUUUCCACGCGGAAUCGGCGCAUACUCGCGUAUCUUGACUGCUAUUUCUUGAACUAAUCCCGGGAUCCCGGGUUAUGUCUUAUGGACGAGAAUUUCACUUCCCUUUGCCUUUACUCGUUGGCUAUCUUUCUGAGUUCUCUUGCCCCGGUCAUAUACAGGUCAGGCGGCUGAAACAUGCCGUCUUUUUUCCCUGCUGUUGUCUGUCUGUCUGUCUGUCUGUCUGUCGUCAUUUUCUCGUCCAGUCUGUCGGUGUGGUGGGGAUACGUUGCUUCACAGCACAUUCAACGUUUGGGAACCUUGCACUUCCAUGUAAAGGAGGCGGAUUAGGAAUAGUGGUGGGAUGGGAUGCCUCCAUCAGUUUGCAUGCUUUCCUCCGGUCUCGUUCUAUGUAUAUGGUUUUUGGCUGUAUGGAUUCGUUUCUUUUCUUUUCCUUUUUACUCGUACACUAGCAUCUGUUCUUUCAGCGAGGCGUUGGGCAUAUACCUGUCAAUGAUGGGUGGUGGUACCGGUUUACUUGGAUGAUUGCUUCACGGCCGGGAGGGUCCGUUUAGAGCUGAGACUUCGCGGGCCUAUGACGGUUAUGAUGUGAUGUGAUAUGAUAUGAUGAGA